AUGGAUGUGAAUUCGUUCUUCGACGUCCAGUUGUCCAGUUGGAGAUACGAUAAGCCUGGCUGCGGUCACGUCGUCUCCUACUAUUUGACCUUCCUGUAUCCUGCAGCUCAGUGUGCUACAGUGGUCAUCAUUGAUACACUUGCGUUCUUCGCUAUUGCCAAAGAACUCAAAAAAUCCUCGAAGUUAUCAAAAGCAGCCCCGGAAGCCACGAUGCUCAGAAAGAACAUCAGUCUUUUUAUACAACACCACCUUCUCAUCACGACGAACAAAACGAAUGCUGGGGAUAUCUUGGAUGAUUUGCCUCGUUCACGGCAUCAUCUACAUCUU